AUGAACUUCGAAACGCAGCAGCAGAACCUCGAAGCCAUCGAGGCUGAGGCCACCGCCGAGCUGCAGGCGAAGCUGUCGCAGCUGUCCGCCGAGGAGGCGACCCUCGAGGCGGAGGUGGACGGCCUGCUGGACGGCGAGGUGGAGCACCUGCAGACGCUGCUGAUGGGCCAGCUGGCCUCGCCCAAGCACCUCGCCCACAUCGGCCUGAUCGGCAGCGAUGCGGAGCGACUGGCCAGCCUGAUGGACUUCACGGCGGCGCUGGCGGACACGGUGAGCGGGAAGAUUCGCGCCUUCGACGCGGUGAAGGGGCGGGUGGGACAGUGCCUGCAGCAGGUGGAGGACAUCAUCGACCUGCGCGCCUGCACCGAGGGCAUCCAGAAGGCGCUGAUGGGCGAGGAGUACGAGGUGGCCGCCCGCCUCAUCUACCGCUUCCUCGCCAUGGACGAGUCGAUGCUGCGCCGGUCGGCCCUCGCCGAGGACUCCAAAGGAAGCGGCGGCGGAACUGACUCGCUCAUCCUCGACACCUGCUCCCUGGAGCAGUCCUUUGCGAAGCUGCACGAGGCGGAACGCCGCCUGAAGACGAUCGUCUCCGCCCGUUUCGACGAAGCGGUCGCCGACCGGGACCUCGCCUCGGUGGAGCGCUUCUUCAAGAUCUUCCCCCUCAUCGGCCAGCAGGAGGAAGGCCUGCGCAAGUACGCCGCCUACCUCUGCGCGCAGAUCAGCGAGCAGAUGGCGGCGAAGAAGAAGGCAAAUGCGGCCGCUGCUGGGGCAAAUAUUUCAAGCGGCGGCAACCGAGCCGCCGCCUAUCUCGAGAAGCUCUCCGCCCUCUUCGAAACCAUCGCCCGCACCGUGGACGUCCACUACCCGCUCAUCGAGACGUACUACGGCCCGGGCAACCUGCUGCCCGUCGUCCUAGUCCUGCAGGCGGAGUGCGACCGCCAGUCCGCCGCCAUCAUCAGCGAGUUCAAGGCGGAGAAGAACUUUGCCGCCCUCUCCCUCACCAUCUCCCGCCACCUGAAGCAGAUGAGCUCCAUGGCUGGAAUGGUGGGAAGCAGCAAGGAGAGCAGUGGAAGCUCCGGUAGCGGUGCUUCCCCGGCCCUGGACGCGAAGGAGAUCGACAAGCACCUGGUGGACAUCAUGUACCUGAUCAAUCGCAGUCAGACGUACCUCAACUUCGUGGGCGGCCACCUGCAGGCGGACAUUGAGGCGGCGGCGCUCAAUCGCUCAGUCAAGGAAGGCGGUGAAUCUUCGUCUGAGAAGAGUAUUACCACUGUCAACAAAAGCAGCAGCUCAUCGCAGAAGCAGGCCGUNUCGCUCAGUCAAGGAAGGCGGUGA